GAAGAUUUUCAGGGACUCCACUGCUGCCACCGCUGUCAAGCCGCCUUGGAACCCCUGGAGAGGUUGAGCCCAGUGCCUGUGUGGUGUUCACCAUCGAGGCUCGAGGGACGGAGCAAAGACACAAUCCAGACCCAGGAAGUUUGGCAGAGAAACACCAUCCGUGCCUAUCUCUGAAGACCAGAGCUCUUGACUCUGCUUCCAGACUCCUUGCUACGGUCACUGGGAGGGUUGAGGACCCGCCGCUGCUCAACUUUCAGCACUUCCUGGGCAGAUGACGCUCUGGUGUGGAGGUGCUCCUGAACCCCUGUCUCUCUGCGCUUCCUGCAGCUAGCUUCUCGCGUCUCAUCCACCCGGAGCCCCUGAAUCUACUACCGUCUUCCCUUUCGGCACCAGGAGAAGGGACAGAGCUUUAGCGCUGGGGGUCUUCAGAGCCUCUGUCUCCCUGCUCUCCAUUCGGCAGCAACAGGGAGGACAAUUUCUGUCUUCUCCACUCCAAGCUCCUGUCUUGACCCUCCUUCAUUCAGCACUAGAGGGGACAGCAAACCAUUCUCUGCUCUGGGGGUGUCCCCAGCCCCUGUUUCCAAUCCCCACCCCAAGUUCUUCUUCCCUUGCUCCCCUUCAGCACCAUCCGGGCACGGACAGCUCCGCGGUGUCAGCCCCACCUUGAGCCCCUGUUUGUUUCUACCUUCUCCCGCCUCAGCACCUCCGGCGCGGACAGCUCCUCACUGUCGCCUCCACCCCCGGCCCUGGCCCGACCCCGGCGCAGACACUCCUGGUUCCCAGGGACGGCUCCCGCGCCCUGUUCUCUUUGCUCCCUGCUCUCCCCGCUCCCUUCUUCUGGCGCAUGGAGACCCCAGGGGUCCAAGAAGGGGCGGAGGCAUCCAGCGAGCUGAGUCGCGCUCGCAGCCGCCAAGGCAUAACCAGACCCCCGAAGCACUUGUGGCGUCAGCCCCGGCGCCCCAUCCGCAUCCAGCAGCGCUUCUACUCGGACCCGGACAAGUCCGCGGGCCGCAGUGAGCGGGACCGGAGCCCGUGGCCGGGGCUCGAGGAGUCGCGGCGCUCCUGGCCCACUUCCUACAGGCGCUUUGACCUGGAAAAUGGAUUCUCAUGUGGGAGAAGCACCCUGGACCCUCAGGCUGGGCCUGGCCUUGGUCAGGUCAGCCAGGCCCCUGCUCAGCACAGCCAGAGGCGAGAGUCCUUCCUGUACCGCUCCGACAGUGACUACGAACUCUCCCCCAAGGCCAUGUCCCGGAACUCCUCUGUGGCUAGCGAUCUACACGGAGAAGACAUGAUUGUGACGCCCUUUGCCCAGGUCCUAGCCAGUCUGAGGACAGUUCGGAGCAACGUCGCAGCCCUUGCCCACCUGCAACAACGCGGGGCAGCCAAGCAGGCAUCAGUCGAGAACCCCCUAAUUGGCAGUCAGCCCCCUCCACCUACAGAGGACACUGGGCAGAAGCUGGCUUUGGAGACACUGGACGAGCUGGACUGGUGUCUGGAUCAGCUGGAGACACUGCAGACACGGCACUCAGUGGGGGAAAUGGCCUCCAACAAGUUCAAGCGGAUGCUGAACCGGGAGUUAACUCACCUGUCCGAAACCAGCCGCUCUGGGAACCAGGUGUCCGAGUACAUCUCGCAAACAUUCCUGGACCAGCAGACUGAGAUGGAGUUGCCCAGGGUGACCCCCAUGGAGACCCCAAGGCCCAUGUCCCAGAUCAGCAGCCUGCGUGGGGUCCCCCACAGUGCCAGCCUCUCUGCAGCCACCGUCCCACGCUUUGGGGUCCAGACUGACCAGGAGGGGCAGCUGGCCAAGGAACUGGAAGACACCAACAAGUGGGGGCUUGAUGUGUUCAAGGUGGCAGAACUAAGUGGGAACCGGCCCCUCACAACCAUCAUAUUCAGCAUCUUUCAGGAACGGGACCUGCUCAAGACAUUUCAGAUCCCAGCGGACACACUUGUCACCUACCUUCUGACGCUGGAGAGUCACUAUCAUGCCGAUGUGGCCUACCACAACAGCCUACACGCCGCUGAUGUGGCUCAGUCCACGCAUGUGCUGCUGGCCACACCUGCCCUCGAGGCCGUUUUCACAGACCUGGAAAUCCUGGCUGCCAUCUUUGCAAGCGCCAUCCAUGAUGUGGACCAUCCUGGGGUCUCCAACCAGUUUCUCAUUAACACCAACUCAGAGCUUGCACUUAUGUACAAUGAUGCCUCUGUGCUGGAGAACCACCACCUGGCCGUGGGCUUCAAGUUGCUGCAGGCAGAGAACUGCGACAUCUUCCAGAACCUCAGCGCCAAGCAGAGGCUGAGUCUGCGCAGGAUGGUCAUCGACAUGGUCCUGGCCACAGACAUGUCCAAACACAUGAACCUUCUGGCUGACCUCAAGACGAUGGUGGAGACCAAGAAGGUGACAAGCCUUGGAGUCCUGCUGUUGGACAACUACUCCGACCGCAUCCAGGUCUUGCAGAACUUGGUGCACUGUGCGGACCUCAGCAACCCUACCAAGCCACUGGAGCUGUACCGUCGGUGGACGGACCGCAUCAUGGCCGAGUUCUUCCAGCAGGGCGACCGGGAGCGGGACUCAGGCCUGGAUAUCAGCCCCAUGUGCGAUAAGCACACCGCCUCAGUGGAGAAGUCCCAGGUGGGUUUCAUUGACUACAUUGUGCACCCGCUGUGGGAGACGUGGGCUGAUCUGGUGCACCCAGACGCACAGGACCUGCUGGACACGCUGGAGGACAACCGUGAGUGGUACCAGAGCAAGAUCCCCCGCAGUCCUGUGGAUCUCACCAGCCCCGAGCAGGGGGGCCCUGACCGAUUCCACUUUGAGCUGACUCUGGAGGAGGCGGAAGAAGAGGAGGAGGAGGAAGGAGCUUUGGACACGGAGGUCUCGGAGUCACCUGACACUGAGCUUCUGGCCCCUGAAGCUAGCCCUGACCCUGGGGCCCUACUCCUGGACAACCAGAGGACUGGGGGCAAGCCCUGCGUGGACCAGGAGGCCAAUGUGGUGGCUGAGCCCUUUGGUACCUAAUGGCUCCUGGCAGAUGGAUGGACCUUCCAGAAAGAGGUCCCAGGUGGCCCUUGCCUUGCCUCCCCCCCUCCACCCUCCUCCCCAUUGAGGGAGACAACCAAGCUUCUAGUUAUAGGCAGACCUUGGGGCCAAAUUGGAGGCACUUGGCUGGGGUCCAGUCUGACCGCGGGCUUUGCCGAGAGAGCUCUCUGAGGGGCUGGGCUGGGAGCAAUCUCUUCCAGCGCCCUUGGGAUCUCCCUCCUGGGCUUCCACCCCCGGUGUGGAAAGAGGGUGUCCGCCAGGCCCCUUGUCCCCCUUCUGCAGUGGUCAUUCUGGAGGCACAUCCAUCAUUUUAUCUUUCCACUCUUGAUCACGUAUUUAUUGGGCACCUACUGUAUGCCAGGCUUGCACCUGCUGUGUGCUUCUAGGGUAGCCCCACACAAGGGGGUGGCAAAUCAGUCCCAGGAGACCUACCCCCCUCAGGUGCCUCCCCUUCAUCUGCCACGCAGCUCCAUGCAAGAGAAUGGAAACUUGAAUGGGGAAUUUUUAGCACCAAAGCUUUGUCCAGACCGGAGUCUGGCUCAGGAGCUCCGGUGGGGCAGGAAAGACAGGGUUCUGUGUCGGGAACUGUCUCUGAAGACUGACUGAGCCUGUGGCUGUCUGUGCACCAGUUCCGGCUUUAAGUCACUGUAGUUUCUGUCUUGGGGUCUCUGGGUUCUGUUCUCCCUAGCCCCGGGACUCCCUGCUGGGUCCUCCCCCCACUUUCUCCCUCUUAUAGAACAGCAACAAAGCACAGCGUUCGGACUCCCGAUAGGGGGAAGGAUGCCUGUGAGGCUUUCUUCCAAGUCAUAGCUCCUUCUGGGCCUCAGUUUCUCCUUUAUGGCCUGAUCUUAGUACUUGGGUAAAUUGUGGUUGGAGGGUGGUGUCUGUGACCUUUCCAAAAAAUCUUAGAAAUGUGGGGGCAUUGAACGUGUCUCUGGGGUUAAAUAACCCUAUUACCCCAAAUUAAAGCCAUGCCCACCUCAGGGAUGGGGAAACGGAGUUGCAAACGGGUCGUGGUGCCUGCUCGAGGCUCUGCAGCUGGGAGCAGGACGUUAGGCAGCGCCGCCCCCUGGCGGACGGAGGCACGGAGGGGAGGCGGGGUGAACCCCGGGAUUCUCCUUGCCUUUCCUGCUGUUUCUCAGGCUCCUGGCCUGGUCGGGCUGGCGCUGAAGGGGCCUGCCUUGCCCGAAGCAAAAAAGGCGUCUCUGCUUAAGUAUCACGUUCUGUUCCCGCCUCCAGAAGCCUCAGUAUCUCCCCCACCCGCCCCUCCUUCUGUGCCUGGAAAAUUACAAGACCCAAGUCAUCGAGCAGCACCCCCCACCCCCCACCCCGCUUCAAGAACAGCUGGCUUCAUUCCUGAAUAAUUCCAUUGAUAAUUCCAUUCCACUGAUAAUUCAUUAUCAUCACAAGUAAUGAUCAAAUUCCACAAAAGGACAAUUAAAAUUCAUCUGGGUCAUGAACUUAGUGCAUUUCCUUCCGGACUUUUAAAAAGCAAAGAUUUAGGGGCACCUGGGUGGCUCAGUCGGUUAAGCUGGGACUCUUGACUUUGGUUCAGGUCAUGAUCUCAGGAUCCUGGGAUAGAGCCCCGCAUCGGGCUCACCCUCAGUAUGGAGUUGGCUUGACAUUCUCUCUCUCCCUCUGCCUCUGCCCCGCCUCCCCGUGUUCAUUCGCUCUCUCUCUCUCAAAAUAAAUAAUAAAAGCUUAAAAAAAAAGUAAAAGGCAGAGAUUUAGGGAUUUUUAUUUGUAAUUUUGUUCUCCCUCCCCCUUUAGUUAUAAGUAAUAUGUAUUUACUGUAGAGAAUUUGGAAAUAAUGUAAACAAAUACAAAAGAAAAUAAAAUUCUGCUAUAACCUCCCUGUAGAUCAUCUGCCUUCA